AAAGUACGACUUAUCUAGCGGCAAACUGGUCCUUCAGGAGUACCAGUUUAGAAAACAAAGACAAGAUGGCGAUGGAUUUCCGAAUUGAUAUAGAAGUACUCAAAAAAUGUAUGGGAGGUGAUUCCUUAUACAAGGAGGCGAUAGAGCACACAGCCAGCUUGAACAUGAGAAUGGGGAUCGAGCGUAAACUAAGGCUGCCAUUCCUAGACUCACAGACAGGGGUAGCACAGAGUCAUACUUCACUGUGGCACCCCUAUAAAGAUAGACUACCAGGUCAGUAUUAUGGACAGCUUUAUUCCUACCCAGCCAGUAGAUGGAAAAAGAAGAAGCGACUAGCAUUCAUGAACACAGAGAGUCGUUCAAACAAGGCCAGUGAAAUUGAGACUGGGGAGUCAGAUAUGCAUCAGAUAAACACGGUGGAAAACCCCGCUAUAUGUAAAGAAGAGGAAGGAGAGAAAUUCAGUGAAACCAGCAAAGACCGAUGGUACGACGAUUUUGACAACCUCAGCGAACCUCCUGAUGCGGGGGAAAUGGUGGACGAUCAAUCGGACAUCAGUGACUACGAGGAGACCUACAUCAAAAGGAAGAAGAAGAAGGGGACAGGACGAGGCAGGAAAAAGAACACGGAGAAGGAGCCUCCCCCGAUCACGGAGGAUAAAGACAAACCCUACUCAUGUGAAGGACGGACAAAGUCAUGGAAAGCUUGUGGGGCUAGAUACAAGACACGACCAGGUCUACAGUACCAUUACAAUCAUUUCCAUAAUGGCAUGAUCGACGAGGAUACGGUUCCCUCGCCUAAGCCCCCCGCCCGGGCCUCCGGUCGGAACGCCGUCAUUAAGUCCCUGGUUGCUUCUUCAUCUGGUACCGCGUCAGAUAAAGGAAGUCGUUCUGGGAUGGAAAAGCGAGACAUCUCCGCCAACAACUACUGCGAUUUCUGUUUAGGAGACUCCGAGGAGAAUAAAAAAUCAAAUCAGCCGGAGGAAUUGGUGUCCUGUAGUGACUGUGGAAGAUCAGGCCACCCCACCUGCCUGCAGUUUACAGCUAACAUGAUCAUCUCAGUUAAGAAGUAUCCCUGGCAGUGUAUCGAGUGUAAAUCAUGUGGACUGUGUGGAACCUCAGAUAAUGACGAUCAGCUGUUAUUUUGA